AUGUCGUCGACUUGGAUUGAUCAAGUCAGGUCGUCACACAACCUGCAACUAGCGGCCACAGCAGUUGCUUCUGGAUUGUUGGUUGGAAGUGCGAUUUUGGGGCUGCAGAAGGCGAAGCAACAAUAUCGCGUUUCUGAUCUCAAGAGCUCGAUUCCUGAUCUUGACAAAGACGAGAAUGUUAUCCAAGUAUGUAUCUUCGAAAAAUGUCUGACAUCAAAAGUACUAAUUUCUGUUGUAGNNAUAAACAAUUUUGGUGGUGCAGUGCAAGAUGGCUCAAAGCUAUCGAAGGAGGAUGAGAGAGGUGCUGCUCUUGCUACAAGGGCCCGCUUGGGCGACUACGAUGAAGGUGAGUAUGUUUCGCAAGGCACAAGAGCAAACAUUCUGACAAAAGUAUGUANNGAAUUGAUCCUGGAACAACUGGCUCGCAACCGUGUCUUUCUCACUGAUGACGGCCUAAAGAAGCUGCGCAAUGCAUUCAUCAUCAUCGUUGGAGUCGGUGGUGUAGGUUCUCAUGCCGCUGCCGCCCUCGCCAGAUCUGGAGCUGGAAAACUACGAAUCAUUGAUUUUGAUCAGGUCACUCUUUCCUCUUUGAACAGACACGCGGUGGCCACCCUGGCAGACGUGGGAACGCCAAAGGUACACUGUCUCCGCAAGCGCCUCGAGCAAAUCACACCCUGGACACACUUCGACUGCAGAAACGAACUCUUUGUCGGCUCGACAGCAGAAGCUCAACUAGCACCUUGGACAGAUGGCCACAAGCCCGACUUUGUCAUCGACGCCAUCGACAACAUUGACAGCAAGGUCGAUCUCCUCGCCUACUGCCACAAGCACGACAUUAAAGUCAUCUCCUCCAUGGGCGCGGGCUGCAAAUCAGACCCUACCCGUGUCUUCCUCGGCGACAUCUCCACUAGCACAGACGAUCCUCUCUCGCGAUCCACACGACGAAGACUACGUGCCAAAGGCGUCAAGGACGGCAUUCCCGUCGUCUUCUCCAGCGAAAAGACUGCACCUGGCAAAGCCCAACUGCUGCCUCUCUCCGAUGAAGAACACGCAAAAGGCAGUGUCGGCGAACUCGGCGUGCUCCCAGAAUUCAGAGUCAGAAUCUUGCCCGUGCUGGGAACCAUGCCCGCAAUCUUUGGUCUCUGCGUGGCUAACCAUGUCAUGCUGGCCAUAAGCGGUUACCCUCACGAAUACCUGCCUUCUAAAUCAAGAGAUAAGAUGUACGAUGGCAUUUUGGCUAGUUUACAAGGCUCAGAGGAGCGUGUAGCUCGCCACAUGUCUCUCGACCCACUCGGCCUACGCAUCCCCAUCACACAAGAAGACGUCGGUUACGUGGUGGAAGAAGUCUACCGUGGCCGCAGUGUCGUCAGCGGUCUAGCCAGCCGACUCGCACUCGUGCGUUGGCGUAAGCCUGAAGGCCAAUUCAUCGAUACCAGCAUCGCCGGGCAAAAGAGCUCGAACAUUGCAGUCAAAGAUCUGGUUUGCAUGACCAAGGACGAGGUUACACAGCAUGAGAAGUUGGUGCUCAAGGGUGACAAGACUCCUGAAGAGGUCUACGAUGCACAGGUUAUCAAGUUGGUUGAGGAGAGGAUGAAGGAGGAGGCCAAGUAUCGUGAUUUGAGGUAG